CAGGUGUUAUCCGGCACGUUGGAGAUGCCUUGAAGGACCAUGCGUCUAAGUCGAGAGGGAAGAUUUGCACCAUAGGAAUCGCACCCUGGGGAAUUGUGGAGAACCAAGAGGACCUGAUUGGAAGAGAUGUUGUGCGGCCCUAUCAGACCAUGUCCAAUCCCAUGAGUAAGCUCACUGUUCUCAACAGCAUGCAUUCUCACUUCAUCCUGGCGGACAACGGGACCACUGGCAAAUACGGGGCAGAGGUGAAGCUGCGGAGACAACUGGAAAAGCACAUUUCACUUCAGAAGAUCAACACGAGAUGCCUGCCGUUUUUCUCUCUUGAUUCCCGCUUGUUUUGUUCAUUUUGGGGUAGUUGCCAUUUAGACCCAGUUGGAAUUGGUCAAGGCGUCCCAGUGGUGGCACUCAUCGUGGAAGGAGGACCCAACGUGAUUUCGAUUGUUCUGGAAUACCUUCGAGACACUCCUCCGGUGCCCGUCGUCGUCUGUGAUGGGAGUGGACGGGCAUCCGACAUCCUGGCAUUUGGGCAUAAAUAUUCAGAAGAAGGCGGGCUCAUCAAUGAAUCUUUGAGGGACCAGCUGUUGGUGACUAUACAGAAGACCUUCACCUACACACGAACCCAAGCUCAGCACCUGUUCAUCAUCCUCAUGGAAUGCAUGAAGAAGAAGGAACUGAUCACAGUGUUCCGGAUGGGAUCGGAGGGACAUCAGGACAUUGAUUUAGCCAUCCUGACAGCUUUGCUCAAAGGUGCCAAUGCCUCGGCCCCAGACCAGCUGAGUUUAGCUUUAGCCUGGAACCGCGUGGACAUCGCCCGCAGCCAGAUCUUUAUUUAUGGGCAACAGUGGCCGGUGGGGUCUCUGGAGCAAGCCAUGCUGGACGCCCUUGUCCUGGACAGAGUGGAUUUUGUGAAGUUGCUCAUCGAGAAUGGAGUAAGCAUGCAUCGUUUCCUCACCAUCUCCAGACUAGAGGAGUUGUACAAUACGAGACAUGGGCCCUCGAAUACGUUGUACCACUUGGUCAGGGACGUCAAGAAGCGAGAAUAUCCAGGUUUCGGUUGGAUCUAUUUUAAGGGGAACCUGCCUCCCGACUACAGAAUCAGCCUGAUUGAUAUCGGCCUGGUCAUCGAGUAUCUGAUGGGCGGCGCCUAUCGCUGCAACUACACACGCAAGCGCUUCCGAACCCUCUACCACAAUCUCUUCGGUCCCAAAAGGCCCAAAGCCUUGAAACUGCUUGGAAUGGAGGAUGAUAUCCCCUUGAGGCGAGGAAGAAAGACCACCAAGAAGCGCGAGGAAGAGGUGGACAUUGACUUGGAUGACCCUGAGAUCAACCACUUCCCAUUCCCUUUCCACGAGCUCAUGGUGUGGGCCGUGCUCAUGAAGCGGCAGAAGAUGGCGCUGUUCUUCUGGCAGCACGGGGAAGAGGCCAUGGCCAAGGCCCUGGUGGCCUGUAAGCUCUGCAAGGCCAUGGCUCACGAGGCCUCUGAGAAUGACAUGGUGGAUGACAUUUCCCAGGAGCUGAACCACAACUCCAGGGACUUUGGCCAGCUGGCAGUGGAGCUCCUGGAUCAGUCCUACAAGCAGGACGAGCAGCUGGCCAUGAAGCUGCUGACGUAUGAGCUGAAGAACUGGAGCAACGCCACUUGCCUGCAGCUCGCUGUGGCUGCCAAGCACCGUGACUUCAUUGCCCACACAUGUAGCCAGAUGCUGCUCACCGACAUGUGGAUGGGCCGCCUCCGCAUGCGCAAAAACUCAGGCCUCAAGGUAAUUCUGGGAAUUCUACUUCCUCCUUCAAUUCUCAGCUUGGAGUUCAAGAACAAAGACGACAUGCCCUAUAUGACCCAGGCUCAGGAAAUCCACCUGCAGGAGAAGGAGCCGGAGGAACCCGAGAAGCCCACGAAGGAUAAGGACGAAGAGGACAUGGAACUGACAGCCAUGCUGGGACGCAGCAACGGGGAGUCCUCCAGGAAGAAGGAUGAAGAGGAUGUCCAGAGCAGGCACCGCCUCAUUCCCCUGGGCAGAAAAAUCUACGAAUUCUACAACGCGCCCAUCGUCAAGUUCUGGUUCUACACUCUGGCUUACAUUGGGUACCUGAUGCUGUUCAACUACAUCGUGUUGGUGAAGAUGGAGCGCUGGCCUUCCACACAGGAAUGGAUCGUCAUCUCCUACAUUUUCACCCUGGGAAUAGAGAAGAUGAGAGAGAUUCUGAUGUCAGAGCCAGGGAAGCUGUUGCAGAAAGUGAAGGUGUGGCUGCAGGAAUACUGGAAUGUCACAGAUCUCAUCGCCAUCCUUCUGUUUUCCAUUGGAAUGAUCCUCCGCCUCCAGGACCAGCCCUUCAGGAGUGACGGCAGGGUCAUCUACUGCGUGAACAUCAUCUAUUGGUACAUCCGCUUGCUAGACAUCUUCGGCGUGAACAAGUAUUUGGGCCCCUAUGUUAUGAUGAUCGGAAAGAUGAUGAUAGACAUGAUGUACUUUGUAAUCAUCAUGCUGGUGGUCCUGAUGAGCUUUGGGGUUGCCAGGCAAGCCAUCCUGUUCCCCAACGAGGAGCCGUCGUGGAAACUGGCCAAGAACAUCUUCUACAUGCCCUACUGGAUGAUUUAUGGGGAAGUGUUUGCGGACCAGAUAGACCCUCCCUGUGGACAGAAUGAGACCCGAGAGGAUGGCAAAAUGAUCCAGCUGCCUCCUUGCAAGACAGGGGCUUGGGUUGUGCCAGCCAUCAUGGCCUGCUACCUCUUGGUGGCAAACAUCUUACUGGUCAACCUCCUCAUCGCUGUCUUUAACAACACAUUUUUUGAGGUUAAGUCGAUCUCCAAUCAAGUGUGGAAGUUUCAGCGGUAUCAACUCAUCAUGACCUUCCAUGAAAGGCCAGUUCUGCCCCCACCUCUGAUCAUCUUCAGUCACAUGACCAUGAUCUUCCAGCACCUGUGCUGCCGCUGGAGGAAGCAGGGAAGUGACCCGGAUGAAAGGGACUAUGGCCUGAAACUCUUCAUAACUGAUGAUGAGCUCAAAAAAGUACAUGACUUCGAAGAGCAGUGUAUAGAGGAAUAUUUCAGAGAAAAGGAUGACCGAUUCAACUCAUCCAACGAUGAAAGGAUACGGGUGACUUCAGAAAGGGUGGAGAACAUGUCCAUGCGGCUGGAGGAAGUCAACGAGAGGGAGCACUCCAUGAAGGCGUCGCUGCAGACCGUGGACAUCCGACUGGCACAGCUCGAAGACCUCAUCGGGCGCAUGGCCACCGCCCUGGAGCGCCUGACCGGGCUGGAGAGGGCGGAAUCCAACAAGAUCCGCUCACGCACCUCCUCAGACUGCACCGACGCAGCCUACAUUGUGCGCCAGAGCAGCUUCAACAGCCAGGAGGGGAACACGUUCAAGCUCCAGGAAAGCCUGGACCCUGCAGGUGAGGAGAGCAUGUCCCCAACUUCUCCCACCUUAAUGCCCCGUAUGCGGAGCCAUUCUUUCUAUUCGGUCAAUGUGAAAGACAAAAGUGGGAUAGAGAAGUUGGAGAGUAUUUUUAAAGAAAGGUCCCUGAGCCUCCACCGGGCCACUAGUUCCCACUCGGUAGCUAAAGAAUGCAAAGCUCCCGCAGCCCCCACCAACACCUUGGCCAUUGUUCCCGACUCCAGAAGACCGUCCUCCUGUAUUGACAUCUACGUCUCCACCAUGGAUGAGCUCCACUGUGACGCAGACCCUCUGGACAGCUCCAUGAACAUCCUGGGGUUGGGCGAGCCCAGCUUUUCAACUCUCCUGCCUUCCACAGCUCCUUCAAGCAGUGCCUACGCCACUCUUGCACCCACAGACAGACCUCCAAGCCGGAGCAUUGAUUUCGAAGACAUCACCUCCAUGGACACUAGGUCAUUCUCCUCAGACUAUACCCACCUCCCAGAAUGCCAAAACCCAUGGGAUUCAGACCCUCCAACGUAUCACACCAUUGAGCGGUCCAAAAGUAGCCGCUACCUGGCCACCACGCCCUUUCUUCUAGAAGAGGCUCCCAUCGCGAAGUCACACAGUUUUAUGUUUUCACCUUCAAGGAGCUCCUACGCCAACUUUGGGGUGCCCGUGAAAACCGCGGAGUACACCAGCAUCACAGACUGCAUCGACACAAGGUGUGUCAGUGCCCCUCGAGCGCCCGCAGACAGAGUGCCGUUUCCUGGUGCCCUGGGAGACAAAGUGGAGGACUUAUCUUGCUGCCAUCCCGAGCGAGAGGCAGAACUGAGUCAUCCCAGUUCCGACAGUGAGGAGAUCGAGGCCCGGGGCCGGAAAGCUGCCACGGCACUUUCCUCCCAGGAGGGUGAGAACGCAGACAGAACCCUGUCCAACAAUAUCACAGUUCCCAAGAUGGAGCGUGCCAACAGCUACUCUGCCGAGGAGCCAAGUGCGCCGUAUGCACACACCAGGAAGAGCUUCUCCAUUAGUGACAGGCUCGACCGGCAACGCAAUGCGGCCAGCCUGCGGAACCCCUUCCAGAGGAGCAGGUCCUCCAGGCCAGAGGGCCGAGGGGAUGGCCUGUCCAUGAGGAGACUGUCCAGAACCUCGGCUUUCCACAGCUUUGAAAGCAAGCACAACUAGACCUUUUCCCACCCCUCUCCCCUGCACUGUAUGAGGCUCAAGAGUCCAGCCCUUAAAAUUCUCCCCAAACUCCAACUUUCCCCACAUCCCUUCCUUGAACCACACUCACUUUAUGCUUAGCUGAGCAAAACAAGCAAUGCUUUGGGAGGUGUUCACUCACAGGUGACUUUGGGGCCACAGACCCAGGAAGCUCCUGCUCUGGCCCCGUGCCAAGCACAGGGAGUUGAUGCCAUGUUCACACUCGCUGGGUAGGGAGGGAGAGAAGGGGAA